AUGUGCCCGGAGAAAAAGGACGCGUUUGAGAACAUCUCACUCUCCCGACGCACUGUGACGAGGCGGGUUGAGGACAUCGGUGGAAACUUGGAGCUUCAGCUGAAGAACAGAGCUGCAGACUUUGACUGUUUUUCUCUGGCUUUGGACGAGAGCUGCGAUGUGCGUGAUACCGCUCAGCUUCUCAUCUUCUUACGUGGAUUGACUGCAGACUUUCAAGUCAAGGAGGAGCUGGCAUCCAUGCAUUCAAUGAAAGGGACAACCACUGGUAAUGACUUAUUCAAAGAGGUAAAUGAAUGUUUGGACAAGUUAGGACUGAAAUGGGAGAAUCUGGCAGGUUCCAGUGAAGUGAAUGAGACUUCGGUGUUCAUCAGUUCUGGUGAAGAUGUACGUCUGUCCUGUAAUAAUGCUCUUUCUGACUGCAAAUCAACUACAUGGAACUAUGAAAGAUUCAGAGAUUCACCAGCAGUUGAACUGUUUGCUGGAGGGAUAAAGAAGAAAAACAAGAAGGGUCAUAAGAGACUGAGUCUGGGGUCUGACUGCUCUCUGAACAUCAAGAGCGUCAAAAAAGUAGAUGGGGGACUUUACUUCUGCAGACAAUAUGUGAAUAAUCAACAACAGGGAACUGAUGCUCGUGUUUAUCUGCAUGUUCUUCAUGUCUCUUCUUCAUCCUCACAGACUGAGAUCAGUGCAGGCCGCUCUGUGACUUUUUCCUGUCAGUUUUAUUCAUAUGCUGGGGUCACUUGUGACGAUUGGAUCCGUUCUGAGCGAAUUGAGUUGUUCUGGGUGAAUCAGGCUGGUGUUAAACUGAAAAAAUCAGACUCCAGAUAUCAGAUAUCAGCUCCAGGUCACUGUAUCAUCACUCUGACGACAACAAUCCUGAAUGAAGAUCACAACAGAGAGUGGAGAUGCAAUGUUACUCAAAGAAAUCAACUCCAAACCUCAACCACAUAUACUGGCAAGAGUUCAGAUGAUGAAUCUGAACAUUCAUCUUCUGGAGCUUCAGAUUUAACGACCCUGACUCCAGUCAGCAGCUCAAACUCCGAGACGACAUCAAGACAAACUCCAACAGCAGCUGCUAUACAAGACAUGAUCACAGAUCCAGCAGAAACUGAAGCCAGAAAGACUGCUCGUUUAUUAUUCAGAGUGAUUGUGAUUAUUGUUGAGUGUGCAGUGUUUGCUGCUCCUACUGUGAUUCUUCUUCAGAUCAUCUGUGACAGAAGAGCUGCAGGAAUGCUUCUACAUCUGACCCUCUCCGUGGCAGAUCUUGAUUUGUCUUCACUCAUAUCUCCAAAAAGUUUGAUCGUCAUUGGAUAG